AAGAUCGUCGUGCAAGAUCCUCCAUUGAAUCUCAGCAUCUAAACGUAUCAUCCGGAAGCGCACAGCUGUAUUGCCGCGGCCGGGACAAGAGGAAUACUGCCAGACGUUUUCGAGGGAAACUUCGGCGAAAGUUCGUGAUCGUUGAAAGAAAGAUGUUUAUCCUAUCUCGAAUACAAGAUUCGAUAGCGGUACAUCCAAAUGCAUUCGGGUUGGAACCGGAAAUUGCCGUCAAGGACGCAAUCAAUGUCAAAUACUCUAACCAUCUCAUACCUGGAAUCGGCCUCGCUGUGUCUGUUUACGAUAUCCUGACCUGUACAGAAGGAAACGUGCGGUAUGGCGACGGUCUUAUCUGGUACAAAACGAUCUUCCGGGUGGUAGUCUUCGCCCCUACCGUAGGAGAGAUCGUCCUCGGCAAGAUCAUCUCGUCUACAGCAGAACAUAUCCGAGUUUCUGUCGAGUUCUUCAACGACAUAUACGUUCCCAAGGCUAAUCUACCUCAGAUAUCUACCUUCGACCCAGAGGCAAAGUCGUACUUUUAUCAACCGCAGGAAGAGCCAGAAGAGGAAGAAGAACAGCCUGGAGAAAAUGAAGAGCCUAAAGAGCCUGCCCAACCUGCUGAUCCUUUUGACCAGCCUUCCUCGGAACGGACUUACUUUGAGACCGACAGUAUCGUACGAUUCCGGGUCGAAUCCCUGAAAUGGCAAGAAUUAGAACCGGAACCGCCCAACGUCAAGAACCGACCUCCACCCAUGGACCCGAAGACGGGGUUGAGGAUCGAGCCAACACCAGAGGAAGAGGCUUUGAAGAAGAUGCAGAGGGAACGGGACGCUCCGUUCAAGGUUAUUGCGGAAAUGAACGAUCAUGGUCUAGGUCCGAUCAGCUGGUGGGGAGCAGGGCAAGAAGAAGAUGGGGAAGGUCAAGACGGGAUGGAGGAAGAUGUCGAUAUGGAAUGAAGCCGGUCCACAAGAGGGGUCCCGUUUCCAUCCGGCGGGACUCUUCGUAACUAUAAUUAACGUCGGGAAGGGCGUUCUUGAAUAUAUCACGAGCCUUUUGGCAUACCUUUUGGGGCUUGAAGCAGAUCGUGCCCUACGUCGAUGUGAUACCGUAUCCAUUGCCCGCCAGGCUGUUGUCUGACAAUAUCACGCAGUGUCCGCGUCCAGGGUUGAGACAUCCACAAGCUUUUCGUGUCCGAGCAGAGGAAUUGACUGCCUCUCGGUAAUCGACAGCAUAAGUACCACUGCCU